AUGAAAGUAUCUAGAAUCAUCGUCCAAGCUCUUUUAAUAACUUCUUUGGGAGAAAUCGGAGUUUUUGCUUUGGAUCUCAAAGAAAUAGUUGAAGAAUUAACCAAAAUUAACGAUUUCCAAACUAUUGCAUAUUUCAGCAAUGAUUCUAAAGGAGCUGAGUUCGUGGAAUCAGUGCUUGGGAGGGGAUCCCCUGUGGAGAGCAUCCCCAAGCUUCUAUGGAAUCAAGGUGUCAAAACUAAAACCAUGUUCAACAGCAAUAUCCUGAAUAUUGUCUUCGUUUCCCAAUCGAACAGAGAAAACAUCCUUGAAGUGGUUAAGACUGCGUUGAAGGAUAACUUGCUCGCGAAAAUAAUUUUCUACUUUCUCCCGGAGGCGUCCCAUAAUGUCAACUUGAGAAACUUCAGUGAACGGUUGUGGGAAGAACGAAUCCUGUAUAGUUUGAUGGUUGUAGAUAACAGGGUGUUCACGUAUAACCCAUAUCCUGAAAUGAGCCUGAUGGAGGUCACAUCAACAGAGUCGCUUGAAUUAGUCUUCACCGAAAAACUAACUAAUUUUCAUGGAGCUGCGGUUAACGUCGCCCGUUCACUUGAUAUAUCCAAAGAAGUAGAAUAUGUUGAUCGGAAUGGAGACGUUCAAUUUGGAGGUUACUUUAUGAAAACCAUCCUUGCAUAUAUUAAGAGGCACAAUGGAACCUUCGUUGAACAAAAAGUGAAAAAGGAUCUGAGUGAUACCGAGGAGAUGUUCGAAAAGAAGAAAAUCGAUUUUCUUUCAAUGACGAUAAUGAUGGAUAGAGAAGGACUGAAACCGUCAUAUCCCUUAUAUAGCAUCGCACCAUGUAUCCUGAUCCCGUAUCAAAAGGAACUUCCCAGAGUAUUUUAUUUAAUGCUACCCUUUCAGGUGUCUGGUUGGAUUUUAUUUGGUGCUGGAGCUUUACUACUUUUCUUAGUAAUUGCAGUCACUGAACUCCUUCGCAAAGGAAAAUCUACCUCGAUUUACCAGGAAGCGGCUUUCCGAGUCUGGCGGAUAGUCACCCAACAAAUACAUUUCCCAGCAGAAGUGGAGACGAAUCACUGGACGAUGAUCAUAAUUAUUUUGGCCACUCUUCACUUUAUGUUACUUUUGAGCCUUUAUCAAAAUGGAUUGAGUAGUUUUUACACUAAAUCGAUUCCAGCUAAGCAAAUUGACACCUCCGAGGACCUAACAAGGACUUCAUAUAAAAUCUUGACACCAGCUCUUCAAUUGGGUUUUUUCCGAGACUUUGAAGUUUUUCCUAAAACCGUUCUGGACCGUUUGGUGGUAGAUGAUUCUUUGGUAAAAGCAAAUCUGAAACAAAUGGAUCCCAAAUUCGGAUAUGUGCCACCCUCUGAAUUUAAGGAUAUUCUAAAAGAACUGGAACGACGUCCUUCAACCAAGCUUUUCCAUUUAACGAAAAUGUGUACACCUCGGUUGCUACUUUGUGUUCUACUUCAAUAUGAAUCCCCGUUCAAGGAUACAUUCGAUGAAGUCGUCUUUCGUCUUAUUGACUCUAGAUUGAUGCUGAAGUGGGAACGGGACACUUUGUACGAAUUGAAGCAAGUAGGCUUCCUGAGAAUGCAGUUAGUGAGCGAGAACCUCCUGAGACCGUUGAAAUUUGACGAAUUGUAUUUUAUAUGGGUGGUCUACUUAGUUGGUAUUGUAUUGAGUGCUAUUGUGUUCUGUGUGGAAGAAAUACGAGGGGUUGAAUUCGGUGCUAAUUGA